UUCAAGUGAUGUCUUUCUCAUCAGAUGAUGCAGCAGAUAAACUAAUUGAAGAUACAGUUGACCAACAUGUUGAUAAUUUUAUCGACCAACAUGUUGAUAAUUUUAUCGACCAACAAAUUAACAAGCCGAAGAGACGAGCUUAUAUCGAAAGACAUAGGGAGCAAGGCCACGAAGACCUUUGGAACGACUAUUUCAGUGAAAAUCCUACAUACCCACCAGAAAUGUUUAGGCGGCGUUUUCGAAUGACGAAGCCAUUGUUCCUUUCCAUUGUCGAUCGCCUGAGUAAUGAAGUUCCAUACUUUCGUCAGAGACGAAAUGCUCACGGAAGGUACGGUCUAUCUGCACUUCAAAAGUGUACUGCGGCUAUACGUAUGCUAGCAUAUGGUCAAUCGGGAGAUACGUAUGACGAAUAUCUCCGACUUGGUGAGAGUACCGCACUUCUAUGUUUGGAGAAGUUCAACGAAGCGAUAAUACAAUUGUAUGGAGAUGAGUAUCUACGAAAACCUACACCAGCUGAUCUUCAACGAUUACUCGAUAUCGGAGAGGUACGCGGAUUUCCGGGAAUGAUAGGCAGCAUCGACUGUAUGCAUUGGGAGUGGAAAAACUGUCCAAGGUCUUGGAGAGGGCAGUACACACGAGGUCACGGAAAGCCGACCAUUGUCUUAGAGGCUGUGGCAUCACAGGAUCUUUGGAUAUGGCACGCAUUUUUCGGUUUACCAGGUACCCUCAACGAUAUUAAUGUUCUCGAUCGGUCACAAGUUUUUUCUGACAUUAUACAAGGUCGAGCUCCUAAAGUUAAUUUCACGGUCAACGGCCACAAUUAUCGUAUGGCGUACUACCUUACAGACGGAAUCUAUCCUAAAUGGUCAACAUUUAUCCAAUCCAUCCCACUACCUCAAGGUCUUAAAGCUGAGCUUUUUGCUGAAAAACAAGAAUCCGCCAGAAAAGAUGUCGAACGUGCUUUCGGAGUUUUGCAAUCGAGGUUUGCAAUAGUUAAAAAUCCGGCUCUACUAUGGGACAAGGAAAAGAUUGGAAAGAUUAUGAGAACUUGUGUCAUACUACACAAUAUGAUAGUAGAGAACGAACGAAACACAUAUAUUCUGUCUGAUACAUCUGAGUUCGAGUCGGGAGAGUCAAGCAGGAGUUCACAGGUGGAAAUCUCGCAACCUACGGACUCCCCUUCCAACUUUGUUAGUAGGCAUGGCAUUCAAGCUCAAAUUCGGGAUCAACAGAAACAUGAUCGUUUGAAAGCCGAUUUAGUUGAAAAUAUAUGGCAAAAAUAUGGUGAUCUAGAUGAAUAAUCUUUGUAUGUUUUUGAAUUUCCAUUGUAUUAAAUAAAAAAAAAUUUACAAAUUUAAAAAAAAAAGUUUAAUAUUAUUUUAUUCUUAUGAACCCCAUUUUCGGGUUCACUAAUGGAAGAACAAAAUUAAUACGGGUUCGUCACUAUUCACGGACCCACUUAAAAACAAUAAAAAAAUCCC